GUUUGUCAUUAUUUUAGAUGAUUAAUCAUAGUUAAAAAUCAUAUAUAAUAUGCCCCUAAAAAUUUGUACUUCUGUUAAUGUUUAUCAUCAACUACACCAAUGCCAAAUAUUUGGGAAAACAUUACGAUCAUCUCAGAUUUUAGUCAGAAUUCUGUUUGAAUGUUUAGCUCUAUAUACCAAAACUGUGGCAUUGAAUUUUAAAAAUGAAAAAUAUAAAGGUUAUCCUUAUCAUACUGCUAUAUUAUAUGGUUUACAAAUCUUACAGCCUAUUGUGCAUCAUGAAACUUCUGUUGCUCAUUUUCUUGGCACUCACGAUGAGUUUAUCAUAUUUCUUUUUACGGUUUUGGAGCAAAAGUCAACAUUUGAUGAGGCUUCUGCAUUACUUGAAGAACUAUUGGCAAUUAAUCGAAAAGUAAUUGAUCUCUCAAAAAUAGAAAAUUUGAGCAAACUGAUAGUUAAUGUCAAUGAAGGCAGCUUUCCAUCGUUUUGCUGUAUUUUAUCAUCACUAAUUGCAGAUUUAUCUUAUGAAAGAAAUACAUUAUUACAGCAAGAUAAAGAAGAUAAUGAGCGAUCACAUGAGAAAAUGUUAUGUGAAAAUAAUCAAGAAAUUCUGCUCGCUAAUAAGCAAUUCAUUCCAAGAAUGGUUAGAAUGUGUAUUAAAAGUUAUAGAGUUAAUAAUGAAACUGUUACUUUAUCCGUCCAAGAUUUAAAUGAAGUUAUGCAUAAAGUUGAGUUUUUAUACGUUCUAUCAUUGCUUUUGUGUGGGAAGAAUAAAACAGAAAUACAGCAAAAGUUAUCACAUUUACAGUUUGUUCCUGCGCUCUCUAACUUAUUUGAUACCUUAGAUUGGAAUUCAGAAUGUGAACUGUUUCUUAGACUAAAUCAUAUGGGCUCAGAAGAUUGUGAUUGCACCCCGGAGGUUACUUUGAAGAUUCAGCUGUUACGGUUUAUCCACAGCUUUUGUGACCACAAUGAAAAUCGUUACCAUCUUUUGUCUGUCCAAGAGGUUCUUGAGAUAAAAAAAAUAUGUGAAAAGGAAGGAUAUUCUUUACCUGAUGCAAUACAUCCUUCUAAUAGCAAGUACAUGUGCAUUGGCUCUGAAGGUCUUCUUACUAAGAUAGUAAAUGUUUUAAAAAGAUGUCCUCCAAAUAACCUCUUAAGAUUCUGGCUGUCUCGUGCGAUUGAAGGUUUUCUGAGAGGAGGUGUUACUCCUAUUGACCAAAGGUUUCUAAUUGACAAAGAUCUAAUAAAGCAUUUAGUUCAUAAUCUAAUCAAUGAGAAUUUGCAGUCAAAAGAAAUUAUUCAAAGCAGUUUUGAUCUGCUUGGUGAAUUAAUGAAAUUUAAUGCUUGUGGGUAUAUAAAAUUUAAUGAAUGCAUAGAAUCCAGUAAGCAAAUAGAUUGUUUUCUCUCUAUGAUGACAGCAAACAUUGUUGAUUCAAACAUGUUUUUGCGCAGCACCGUUUUAUCUUAUGAACAUUUUUUAAACACUGGUCAUUAUGAUGUACAAAAGUGUCUUUUAAGUAAUCUCGUCCAGAAAUGGGAAAAUAAAGUUUAUUUAGUAUAUAAACUUAUAACAUCAAUAUCCAUCGACAAUCUUACACAGGAAAAUGUCAGUUGCUUGAAUACAACACUUGUAUUUCUUAUGUUUUCUUACAAUCAUGGUGUGUUAAGCCAGUAUUUAGAAGCAUUUGUAAUGGAAGAACAAGCCCAAAAACAGCCUGGCCUUAUUCUUUCAAAUCUAUGGGAAUUAUUGAUAUUUUGGCAAAGGCAUUACUUAAAGAAGACCAAAGAUUGUUUUCUUCUUGAACAAAGUUCAUCAAUUUCCUUUAAAAAAUGGAAAUCAUUUGUAGACAUGCUGCUGAGUAAUGAUUCUAGCACGAAAAACUGUCUUAUUUAUCAUCUUACGCCAAAACAAAGAAGCAUAGUAAGACUAAAGCGACUUGAUAGAAUGUUCAGAGAUAUUUAAAGUCUGACAACUAUAGUUUAUUUUAUAUUAACCAAUGCUAACUACUAAAAUUAUCAAAGGUUGCAUUAUUGCAAUGUCUGCAUUUUGUUUUAAAAAUGGAACAGAAAACACAACAUAAGCAGAAAUUAAGAGAAAAUAAUUUUUAAGUUAUUUUCUAAGGAAAUCAACUUGAAAUGACUACUAUAUGCAAGUGUUGUAUUUAUUUAUGUAAAUAUUUUUUAAAUAUAAUGAAAUUAAGUUUAAUUUUCUUAUA